UUGAGGUCACUAAUGAUACAGGAAGCUACCGCAGGCGAUUUGAAGCGACAAGAUUUUUUUUAGGGACUUGGGGUUAUGAGAGCAUCUAGUUUUCACCCCGGUCGUUUUGCGUUCGCGAGAAUGCACUUGAGGGAAAUGGUGAUGUCAUUACGCACGCACGGGAUACUGGGGAGACCAUUUUGUUUCUGCUGAAGACGCUGGUGGGGCGUUGGAAUUGACUUCCUCCCAGAGACUGGGCAUGGCGAGGAAAGGUGAGCAUUAAUUGACAAUAUCCAUGUGAAUUCGUUUAUGCUUGUUGGCGGAUCGAGAAUAUUGGUAAUUUGACAUGUUUUACAUGUGGAUGCUUUAGAUUUCCACGAGUGAAGAAAUCGACGCUGGGUAGCGUGGCUUAUACAAAGUUCCUCACUAUCCAAGUAGGAGCUGUGAGAAAAGCUAUAACAGAGAGGAGAAAAAAAUGAAGAACAUUUCUAAAAUGGGUACCGAUGACAAUCUUUGGGAAAGAAAUGCUCUAGGACCAGGUCAUUCAAUAAGCAGGAAAAAUUCCCGGUCUAGUGUUCCUUUCUUUGAAGACAGUGGAUCUGAAAGUAUUGAUCUGCCAGGAAGUGUAUCAGGCAUGAAGGAUGAAUUUAAUAAUUACUCUUCAUGUGUUGUUAAAAGCACAAAUAUUGAUGAGCAAUCUGAUCAAAUCACACAAGUCACACCAGUCAAAGAAUCCUUUAUGAAGAGACUGAGUAUGAGAAUGAAGCAAUUGUUACCCUUCAGACAAUUAACUACGCAGAACAGAAAUGAUCCAACCUUGAAUGAAGUCAUCCUCACUUCCUUUUCAUCAUGGAAGAAAAGGGAAAGAAUUGAAGCAACCUCUGAAGACCAUAUGCAUGAGUCGAAGGCUUACAUUCCAUAUGAAUGUGCCAGGUUUCACAUUGCCAAGGUAGUAGAGGAUAUGCAUCAAUUGAGAAACAAGUAUAUACAGCACAUUUGUGAAAUUGAGGAAAGUUUACACACACCAGAAAACAAAAAGAAGGAACAAAGCAUCCUAAAGCUUCAAAAACAACACAGUGAUAAGAUGACUGUUUUUAAAGAAGUUCUGAAAGCAUAUCAAGAGCACAUAAAAAAGAACAACAAAUAUUGGGAAGAUCUGGUACAGCAUUUAAAGAACGAAAAUAACCAACUUAUCCAAGAAAAGAUCCAAGCCAAGCAAGAACUUGAAAAAUGGGAAUAUCAAAAGACGAAAAUUUUGGAAGGAUUUUCUCAAAAGAUUGAUCUGUUACAAACUCAUCAGAUUUCAACUGUCAAAGAACUUCAUAUGACUAGAUCAGAGUUGGAAAGAGUACAAGAAAUGCUAAAACUACAAGAAGAAAUUGUCACUGAGAAACAAGAAAAAAAUUGUCUGCAAACAACCUCAGAAAUCAAAAUAUCUGAUGAUCCAGAUUUUGAGGUACAGGAGAACUGUUCCCAGGAGGUUCAUGAACAGAGGCAAAACCUAAAGAAUUGUGUAAACAGAUUGGGAGAAACAGAACACACUGGAAACGAAAAAUGGGCUACUGUCAUAGAACUACCAGAAGAAACUCAAGAGAAGGAAGUCUAUUCCAGUCCUUUAGAGGCUUCUAAGGAAUAUUUUCAGGAAAAGGCAUGCAUGAUACUUCCUAGUUCGAACAAGAGAGAGGAUAACUCACCAGCUACUGAUCAGACUAAAAUUGCGGAAGCUCAGAUGAUUCUGGAGAAGCUGAAACAGACUCUAAGUAGAAAGGAAGAAGAAAUUACUGAGCUUCUGAAAGAUAAAAAUCAGCCAGAUAAUCAUUUUAGAACAUGGACUAAAAACCAGCUUGUCCACAGUGACCCCUCAAACAUAUUUCUGUUGAAGAAAAUUUUAGAAAAGUUUCAUUCUGUUUAUAGUGAAGUUCCUGAAGCACGGCAAUUUAUUGACUGCCUCUUAAAUGAGAAUAAUGGGAAGGUAAUAACAGCCAAGGAAACUUUGAAAAGACUACAACAAAACGUGAUUGACUCCGAACAAGUCAUGGGGGGAAAUCCUACAGAUCUUAACAGGUUUCAGUUUCCAAAGGAUCCUUACAGAAAUCUGGAAGAUGUUCAAGCUGAACUCUGGGAAGCAGAAAUGGCAGUGGGGGCACUAGGUAGCAUUAGGUCUGGAUGUAUUAAUGAACAACUGUACUCUAUUGUGACAGGUGCACAAUGGAGAGUAUCCUGACUGGUUGCAUUAGUGCCCAGGGAUGGAAAAGGCUACAAAAAGUAAUGGAUACAGCCAGUCCGUCACAAGAAAAGUCUUCCACACAUUUGAGUACAUUUAUAAAGAGCUUUGCCACAAGAAAGUAGCAUCCAACUUCAAGGACCCCCACCAUCCAGACCAUGCUCUCUUCUCACUGCUACUAUCAGGAAGGAGGUAUAGAAGCCUUAGCUUCACCACCAGGUUCAGUACAGUUAUUACCCUUCAACCAUCAGCUUCCUGAACCAGCAUGGACACCUUCACUAACCACACGAAGACCACUGAACACAGCCUAUGGACUCACUUUCAAGGACUUUACAAUUCAUAUUCUCGGUAUUAUUUAUUUGCUUGCUUGUUUAUUACUAUUAUUUCUAGUUUCCUUUUGUAUUUGCACUGUUUGUCAUUCUUUGUGUAUAGUUUUACAUGGAUUCCAUUGUACAUUUUUGAUCUACUCUGAAUGCCUGCAAGAAAAUGAAUCAUGGUAGCAUUUGGUGACACAUAAGUACUUUGAUAUUAAUAUUUUUAACAUUAAAUUUUGAAGUAUAGUGUUUACCAUCAUGAAUAGCAUGAUAAUGUUAUACUGUUUUUCAUUCCUGAAAAAUAUAGAUUGAAACGAUGGUGUUGAUAGAAUUAACAAGAGGAAUUACAUUAGUGAAUCUCAUUCUCAUUAGCACACCUGUUGUAAAUAGUUACCUUUAAUAUUAUUGAUAAGAGAAUAACGUAUGAUCAUUAUCUGUAAAUUCCCUACUUUAGUCCACAACCCCAUUGUACACAGAACUCUCAAUCACUAUUUAUCAAUAUAAGGUCAGAAGACCAAUAGAAAUUGCCUAAUUUCUGUUCAUGUUUUUUUUUUAAAUGUGCAUUCAUUCUUCCUAAUUUAAUGCAAACGUUGUUUUAGAUAACUUCUUGAUAUAACAGAUUGACAGUUCUGAAAAUGAAACUUAAGGUCUUUGGAGUGAUAUAUAUGAACAUGCACUUAAUGUGAAAUAAAGC